CCUGGCCUGGCCGGGGCUGGGGGGCGCGCAUGGCAGCUCUGCGCCUGCGCCCCGGGGCGGGGCGUGUCGGGCGGCGCGGGUGUGGCCGCCGCGGGUCGGGGGUCCGGAGGCGCCGCGCUGCAGUGCUACUGUUGAUUGAAGCUUUAGCCUUUUGCUGAGAGGCCCUGAGGCAGCUCUCUACGGUAGAAUGCCAUGUUUGCAGUUUCUCUUGGAAAACAGACCAUGACUCAGUUGUUUGAUGUCUACCACUUAUCUCCAUUAGGAUCAUCACUGGAGUUCAAAGAACAUUCUGAUCUUUAAAACUGCAAGACAAGACCAGUCCUUGACAUAGAUUUUUGCUUUGAUAAUUACAGCUCAAGCAGAAAGACUUGACAUAUUCUUAGUUGACCUAAUCAUGCUCUUGAGCAGCCAAGACAUGGGAGAGGAUCCCUUAUGACUGUAUAUCACUGCAAUUCAGAUAUGCCUAGUGGGAGAGUUGGUGACAUGGAGGAGGAGAGGAAGUAACAGAAUUGAUGUGUUCAUGUGAGAAAGUACUUGAGAUGCACAAGAAGUUGUAACAAAUGGCAGCACAGUGUGUGACAAAGGUGGAGCUGACUAUUGCCUGCACCAAUCUUUUGGAUAAAGAUGUGGGUUCCAAGUCAGACCCUCUGUGUGUGCUUCUCCAGAACACAAGUGGUCAGCAGUGGUAUGAGGUUGAUCGCACAGAAAGAGUUAAGAAUUCCUUGAACCCAAGGUUUGCCAAGAAAUUCUUAAUUGAUUAUUAUUUUGAGCUUGUUCAGAAACUUAAGUUUGGAAUAUAUGACAUUGAUAACAAAACCUAUGAUCUGAGUGAUGAUGACUUCUUAGGAGAAUUAGAAUGUACGCUGGGACAGAUAGUUUCUAGCAGGACUCUAACAAAACCAUUAGUACUUAAAAAUGGCAAACCUGCUGGAAGAGGAAGCAUUACGAUUACAGCAGAAGAAGUAAAGGAUAACAGGGUGGUUGUAUUGGAAUUAGAAGCAAGGAAACUGGACAAUAAGGAUUUUUUUGGAAAGUCAGAUCCUUAUCUGGAAUUCCACAAACAGACUGGAGAUGGAAACUGGGUGAUGGUUCACAGAACAGAGGUUAUUAAAAACAACCUGAAUCCUGUUUGGAAGCCCUUUAAAAUCUCUCUCAAUUCUCUGUGCUACAGUGACAUGGAUAAGUCAAUCAAGGUUGAGUGCUAUGACUAUGAUAGUGAUGGGUCUCAUGAUCUCAUAGGAAGUUUUCAAACAACAAUGUCAAAACUGAAGGAAGCAUCUCGGUCGUCACCUGUUGAAUUUGAGUGCAUCAAUGAAAAGAAAAGACAGAAGAAAAAGAACUAUAAAAACUCUGGCAUUGUGAGCGUUAAGCAUUGUGAGAUCAUUGUAGAAUGCACAUUCCUUGAUUACAUCAUGGGUGGGUGUCAGCUGAAUUUCACUGUGGGGAUAGACUUUACAGGCUCCAAUGGAGACCCUCGCUCUCCGGACUCUCUGCAUUACCUCAGCCCUAAUGGAGUUAAUGAAUACCUAACAGCCAUUUGGUCUGUUGGGAUGGUCAUUCAGGAUUAUGAUACAGAUAAGAUGUUUCCAGCCUUUGGAUUUGGUGCACAAAUUCCUCCUUCCUUUCAGGUAUCUCAUGAGUUCCCAAUAAAUUUUAACCCUUCAAACCCAUUCUGUAAUGGGAUCCAAGGCAUUGUUGAUGCAUAUCGAGCCUGUCUUCCUCAAGUGAAGUUAUAUGGGCCAACAAAUUUUUCUCCAAUUAUAAAUCAUGUGGCAAGAUUUGCUGCUGCAGCUACUCAGCAGCAAACAGCAUCUCAAUACUUUAUACUUCUGAUCAUAACGGAUGGUGUGAUAACAGACCUUGAUCAAACUCGAACUGCCAUAGUUAAUGCUUCAAAGUUGCCCAUGUCCAUUAUCAUUGUUGGUGUGGGAGGAGCAGACUUCGAUGCCAUGGAGUUUCUUGAUGGUGACGAUGGAGUUCUUAGGUCCUCGUCAGGAGAACCAGCUGUCAGAGACAUUGUUCAAUUUGUGCCAUUCAGGAAGUUCCAAAACUCUCCCAAAGAAGCUCUGGCUCAGUGUGUCCUGGCAGAAGUCCCUCAGCAAGUGGUGAACUACUUCAGCACCUACAAACUUCAGCCUCCUAAGAAUCCUGCUGCAAAAUGAAUGGGCUGAGCAGAAGAAAGAAUUUGUGCUUGCUUUACUUGCUGUAUCUACAGACUUUGGUUCUCGAUAUACUUCUGUAUAUGUGUACACAUGCCUCUGUAUCAUAAUGUCUGUUAGCUUUUGCCUACGAAUCACUUUGCCAAGUGUGCCUUUUAAGGGCCAAAAUUGUAAUGGUGUUUAGGUUUGAUAUUGAUUUGAGAAAUCGUGCUUACAUGGAUGUGUUUGAUUUUUAAAAGAGUGGAAAAGAGAGUUUCUAUUAAGCCAACAUAACAAAAUUUUGAUACAGGUGUUUCAUAUGCAGAUAAAUGCCGCAGAGUGUGAAGGCCCUCCUUGCACAGCUGCUUCUUGUUUGCCACUUCAGUGCCUUUGGGCAAUGCCUGGGAUUCAGGGCUGUGUAAACAAAAGCCAAAGAAGUCAUUAAAGUAUAUAUUCUUUUAUAGUAUGCCUUCUCUUAAGGUAGUAUGGGAAUUACUAGGGUGAAUCAAGGUAAACCUCUGACAUCUCAGAAUAGUGCUACUGGCCUAUGAGGCCAGUAAAGGCUAUAAGAUGUGUUCCAAUGUGCAGUGUAGUGGAAAAUGGAAAUUCCAGAUUUGUUUUGGUAAGGGUUUUGUUUUGGGGUUCCAUCCCCCCCCCCCCCAAUAAAACAGUCAUGACUAUUGAUCUUUAAAGGGCUUUAUGUGAAGUAGGAAUUUGAUUUUUAGUUUAAAAGUUUUCUCUGAUUUAGAACUGCAUAUUUUGAGGUAAAGUAAGUUCUUCAAAUUUCUACUUGUAUUUACUUUUGUCAUACUUUGAAUCAUGCUGCUUUUCCAGGAGCCCACUAAUGAAAAGUGCCUGCAAAACAAGCUAUAUUUCCUCCCUAUAUUCUCUCCCUUUAGGAAGACAUAAGAAAGUCAAGUCUCUCAAGACCUAAUCCUAUAACCAUACUGCAUUUCUUUGGAGCAAAAAAUUUCUGAUUUAUCUACUUGGGUUAAGUUUUCCCUUCACCUUUUAUACUAAGUGUAAAUCAUGUUUGCUUGGUGGACAAAUGAAGGUUUCUUGACCCCCAGCUGCAUACUGCUUGCUGAGGAUCUCUUCCGAUCCUGUCACUGUGUGUAACUUAAGUGGAUGGAAAGGUCACAUUUAUCACUUCUGAAAUGCCAAUCUUGAACAUUAAUUUUGCUGUUUCACCUUUGAAGUGGUUUAGAGUUAGACAUCCAACUUAUUUCAUGUGGGUGAUCUGGCUGUAGUAUGUAAGAACAGAAUGGGCUAAUGCUAAAUUUAGCACACUUGGACACUCAAGAUUUCACCAGGUCAUAGUGUGUUUGACUUUCAGUUACUGGAGCUGCUUAGUGUGCCUUUGGCUGGUGGGUUUUUUUUGGUUUGUUUUUUUUUUUUUUU